AAAUAACUUGUUCGGAUGGCGUCACAGAGGACUUUCCUUUUCCGUCGGGGAAUUCGGAGGAAGCGGAAGGAGCUUCGAGUCGGCAUGGCGGGGCCGUGGUGGCUGGUCCUCUUUCUGUUCGAGCUAGUCGCUUUGGGGGUUCCGGCGCCAGUUGGAACUGGGCAUGCCAUUCCCGUUGGUAGUCAAGACUCCCAAGUAUCAAAACCUGAAACAAAGAAUUUGCUGCCUCACACUGAAAACUCCCAGGAUGGUGCUUCUGAUUCGGGAGGAGCUCCCCAAACAUCAGGACAUGAUGACUCCAAGCAAAAAGAGAAUUUGUCUGAAGAAACCUCCCACAGUAAAGCUUCUGAUAUAGGAGCACCACCUAAAAAGUCAGAUCCUGUCUUCAGGGAUCCAGACUCCAAGGAAAAAGAGGACUUGCCUAGUGAGCCCCAGGACACCUCCAAGCAAAAAGAGAAUUUGCCAUCUAAGGCUGAAAGCUCCCAGGAUCAAACUUCUUUUCAAAGAGAAGAAAAGGAGGAGGAAGACGAGGAGGAUGCAGGUCAAGAGGAUCAGGAGGAAAAGUCCGAGAGUGAUAAAACAAAGAGCUCAGUGGCUGUCCCACCCCAAAAGAAUGAAACUGAAAAUAGCCACUUUUUUGCCUACUUGGUGACCACAGCUAUUGUUGUUGCUGCAUUGUACAUUGCCUACCAUAAUAAACGGAAGAUCAUUGCCUUUGCUUUAGAAGGAAAAAAAUCAAAGUUAACCAGAAGACCAAAGUCUAGUGACUAUCAACGACUGGAUCAAAAAAUCUAAAGUCAAUCCAGAAACUCCAGCGUGUUGCUGAGUUGAAUAAAGACUUGUCCCACAAAUGAGCUCACUGAAGCACAGGUGACACCCCGCCUUCUAUCAGUACAGCCCCGAAGCCUUUAGGCUGUGCUGUUGUGCCCAGGUGGAGGGAAGAACAGAAGUGCUUUUAACUGUGCACCUGCACUUUGACAGUGGUCGUGUCUGGUACCUUUUGAAGUCCUUGGCUAAUUGCACCCCUCUCAGCUACUUGGACUGUUUUAUCCUGUACUGUGACAUAUGAAUCAGUAAUGGGCAGUACUGUGUGUUUCCAUGUGUGUCCAUCCAAAUGAUGUGGUACUCAUCUUCUACUGUAUCAGUUCAAAGGGCUGCAUUUCAGGGGUGCCUUGCCUGUCGGAUGAACACAUGGGCUUUGUCUCCUAGAUUCCUGAUGUUGUCCUCCUAGCCGACAGGGUGGUUUGUGGUUGACAUAAUGGAAGCUGUCAACCUCCGCCCAUGGGCUUGAACACUAAAACCCCCUUUGCACUAGCCGAGGCACAUUUUUUGCCAGACAGACCUGUCAGAAAUCUUCUCCUUAUAGAUGGCAAUAUUGAGAAAUGACUAUUCAAUGUUGCACAUCUUUCUAGAGAUGCUAAGGAUAUGGGGGAAAUGAUUUUGUUGCAUUUGACUUCUGGCUUCCUAACUCCUCUUUUGUGCAGUUGUAUGGUAACAUUUCUGAUCAUUAGACUAAAGGACGUGUGAUUUGAUGGCUGCUGAUAAGAAAUAAUUUGGGUGGGUGUUAUAAAUCCUCUGAGUCAUGGGUUUUUUCUUUUUUUACCAGUUUGUCAGCCUGCAGUCCCAUAAGCUCAUUUCAGAUGUCUCAGGAGUAUGGUAGUAGGAUCUGAACUGAUCUGGUCUACCUUAGGACCAUAAGUAAUAGAGUGGCAAUAUGUCCUUGAAGAUCAUUUUUUAAAAAAUGAAGCAUUUGUAAACACUUGCCUUUUGCACCAUAAACUCACCAUUCCAGUAUUGAAUUAGACUGUCACUUUUGAGCCCGAGAUCUUAAUUGCUGUUGUAUAAAUCAACACUUUGGAGCCCUGUGUUGAGGAUCACUUUUUAAAUGUUGAAGGACACUUAGGUAGAAAUAGCAUCAUUCACAAGUGCGCUGCAGAAGAUGGUGGUUCAGGGUGUGUGUGUGUGAGAGAGAGCGAGCGAGCGAGUGCAACAGCAUAUAUGUGGUAUCGUAACACUUUUUCCUCAAACCGAAUAUAGAGUAAAAGUUACUACAGUCCCUGUAAUUUCACAGAACAGGCUGUAAAGCAAAGAAGCUUGUUCUUUUAAUGAUUGACUUGAGCUUGUGGCCUUUUGCCCUUUUCUACUGUUCUGUUUGGCUUGCUUUUUUUCCUACUCUGGAUGUGAAGAAGAAACUAAAGUCUGCCCAAAGCCACCUUUGAAUUUACAUACAUUUCCGAUCAGAGCAUUCAGUUGAAAGAACGAUGUUGUGAAACCUGUUUAGUCAAGCUAAGCUUUGUUGCCUUUAAGCCUCACCAGCGCUAGUGCCCAUAUCCCACCCAAAGGCAUCACUCUUUUCUGCAGCUCCUUGACUUUGCUUCUGUCUGUGUGUGGAAAGGUAGCUUGAUGAUCAGACCUGUCUCUAGCAAACACAAUACGCUUAUUUUGAACUUGGGGAAGCUUUCAAAGCUGGUUCUCUUCCACCACCCUGGCAGCUGGAAAUAGUGCAGUUCAUUCCACCCCUUCAUCCCACCUUGUAAGUAGACUAGCUCCAGAUAAUUUUAGCACAGGAACAGCCAGCUAAGGGCUCCUGCAGUGUUGCUCAUUAAAGGGUAAAGAUCCUCUGGUCUUUGGUAUGCCAGGUGUCCACUGUAUCCCCAUGGAGUUCUUUGUAGUGCUACAGGUAAUAGAAAUUGCAGAUGGUCAAAACUGUAUGGUAUUUCCAUGCCAUAAAAAGGGUGUUUGACCUGCUGCUAGCAAAUGACUGCCUGUUCUAGCAUGAAAACUAGAUUUUCUAGAGCACAAUGGAAUCUCUGGCACAGAGCUGUUAAUGAGAGCACUGGCGAGUUGAAUCCUCUUGUUGCAUUUGAUAUAACAUUCAGUACAUAGUGUCCUCAGUUCAUAAUAAUGGACUCUUUGGAAUGCAUUUUUUUCUUGUUACUAUACUCUGGGCAUGAAGUUUUAAAUAUUGAAAGUUUGCUCAAUAUUCUCUUGUGUUGGCAGUUUUUUAAACCUCAACUUCAGAGGAGUCAAGUUCUGUUGAUGGUUUGCUUUCUUGCCUAAAGUUUCUUGUUUUUUCCUAGAUCAGCUCCUUCCCCUGCUUGAAUCCACAAGUGUGUAGUUGUGGUUCUGGAAGCUUUAAAAAACGAGAGAGAGACUUUAAGUGUUCAGAUUUGUUUUUAAUCUCUUUGUAGUCUCUUUUUUCCUGUGUGGUGAUCUCAAUAAAUAGAUGAUACCAAACAUC